GUCACCUCAAGGCUUCAGUUGAGCAGCAUUUCCGAGACUUUUGGUUACCUAGGCUGUCCUUUUCCAUACCCAUGCAAAGUAUUUAUGCCGAUGCUUUUGUCAUCUUUGAAGCCCUCGAAGGAAAGAGGACCCAAUUCGAAAAGAGGGAUGGAGACGCAAGUCGCGAAUAUAUAGUAUUCGAGGCAAAUAGUGACCCAGAAUAUUUGGAAAUGUCUCUUGAAGACGACCUGGAUAGAUGGUUACAUAAAGUCACCCGUCCAGAGCUCUGGCCACCAUGGGAAAAUAGUAAAUACGCGAAAUCCAUCAUUGUUCGACUUGGCGAAGGCACACUGAACCAAGGCUUCACAAAAGGCGGUAUCAUCAGCGACACUGCCGUCUUAGAAGCGUUACUGCAGAGCUUUCGCGACCAGCUACUUGCAGACUUUCUACCGAAGAUUGAGAAAGUAAAGAAAUGGGAAAAGAGACAGGCAGCUAUAUACGGCUUUCUGCGCCUUCGCUACCAAUUCCAGCGCAAAUCCAUGCUAGCCACAUAUCGCGACUACGUCGCCGGGUACAACUCAUCUGACCUCUCUCGACUCUUCGGUCUUUGCGUGGAAAAUUUUGACAUGACAUUGUACGUCAAGGAACCCAGAGCGCGACACCCUGGAGUCUUGAAUCAGCAUUUCGAUACUGAUGUUUUCACCCUUUGCGGCGAACAAAGCCUCGUCUUUCAUAUUCCCGGCUGGCAAACUUGGACUAUCUACCACCUCGCGCGCAUGCGUAUCCUCGAUGAAAUGGUCGAGGACGAGGUGUUUCCCGUUGAGGACUUAUCGGGCGUGGAUGGGUGUGACUACAUCGAUAUGCUCGUGGACCAGAUGGUAGUGCUGGAUAGGAAGGAAUAUAGUGACGAGGCACUUGAGAGGUACAUGAGGGGUCCGGUCUUGGACAUCAAGGGUUUCUGGGCAUUCACAGAAUUGUUAUACUGA